GUGCGCUCGUAAAGAGAAGAAUCAAACCCCGGGAACGGCACAGACGGUGGCGGAGAUACAGACUCAACACACCGCCGACAUCACACGCGACGCGUUUGGGACAUUUUUGCAAGAUCAUUCUAGUGAUUGUGGGGAAUUACAGCUAUUUUUGAAGUCAAUCUGAGUUAUACUUCACGAUACACAACAAGGACCCUUCGACAGGCUAUUAAUAAAGAGAUUUGUGACAGUUCUCAGUGAUCAGCGCUGUUACACAAGUGCGUAAAACAGAUCUGUUGGAGAGAAUGGUGCCGCAACCCGCGAUCGCGCGUCACUCGAGUUAGAUCCACGCAACAGCCACAGACAAACUGGAAUUUUCGGCAUCUCUUGCGAUGGGGGGGUGAAAGCUCUAUUUAUAAAGUGUACUAUUUCACUAAAAUUGUCAUCUCCAAAUGUUGAGAAUAGGACGGAAUCCUUCAUAUUAUCCGCGGAAUCUGUGAAAGAAAAGCGCAGCGGUGUUUUUGUUGGGUUUUGUAUGGCAAGAGGAUGGAAAUGUGGCGUGUGUGCUGAAGCCAGUCAGGAUGCUGAUGCUGAGAGUUGCGUGGGCUCUGGCGGGAGCGGCGAUCUGCUGUUUCCUCAUUAUCCUCAUCCACUCGCGCUUCUUAAGAGACGGUCAGUUGGCAGCAGGUACCUGUGAGAUUGUCACUCUGGACAGAGACAGCAGUCAGCCACGCAGGACGAUCGCCAGACAGACAGCCCGCUGUGCAUGUAAGAAAGGACAGAUCGCUGGGACAACAAGAGCCAGGCCUGCCUGUGUGGAUGCUCGUAUCGUGAAGACCAGGCAGUGGUGCGACAUGGUGCCAUGUUUGGAGGAUGAAGGCUGUGACCUGUUAGUAAAUAAAUCAGGCUGGACUUGUACACAGCCCAGCGGCAGAGUGAAAACUACGACGGUGUCCUAACAGUGGUAGGGAUUCCUGGAGCUCUAUGAGACGAGGCCUCUUGAAGCUUCGCCCACCUGCUGUAGAUACUUGCUGUCUCUCAUCGGAUUAACACCUCUGCCUACCUGUCUGCAUCUUGGCUUUGUAAAUGGGCAGUACCCCCUUGUGCCACGGAGAACAUAUGUUCACAAAGCACCUCACGGGUGGAAAGAGCCUUGAGGAUUUUAAGACUGCAGCACAGGACAAUGAGGCGCCUACCUGGUCAAAGGCUGAAGCAGAUGUUUCCACCAUUAGUGAUUCUGACUUGAUGCGAGACUGUGAACCCAUCGGCUUUCUGCUGAAGUACGUCUUUGGCCUUUGCAACAUUUUUUAAAGACCAAAGAGGAAAAAUAAUACACAAACAAAAAAAAUUGUAGACUAUGGAAGUGGACGGACUGAAAAGACAAAAUUCAGCAUAUAUUAAAUUUAUGUUUAAUAUAUAAACAUAAAUGUAGAGAGAGAGAGAGAGAGAGAGAGAGAGAGACAGAGAGAGAGACAGAGAGAGAGAUAGAAACACUUUGCUUUAUGACAGGGCUCUGCAAAUGGAAAUGCUGACGCAGAACAUUAUUCCGAGUGAAAAACAAAAGAGAACCUUUAAUACUUUAUGGACAUUUCUUUGAAAUAAACCAACCACUGUAUUUCAAGGACUGAGGAUAUAGAAACAGUACACAUAUACACAUCAACAAAUUUAAUCAGCAUUUUCUCAGUAGCAACAUUUCGGACAGUUUGCAUUAAGCAUGGAAUGUUAACAUGGAAGACUACCCAUCAGAAAAUAUUUACUGAAAAAAAAAAAACAAACAAAAAAAAAACACGAAACAUCAAAAACUGUAAAUUCUGAUUACCAGAAGUGAAAUAUGUCAUUAUAUGUAUUUUAAAAGGCCUACAAGUUCUAUAUUUAACAGUUUUAUAUGUCGUACCUUUGUAGAGAACCUUAUUUAACAUGAAUAAUGUGUUGGAAAUGACAGAUAUAGAAUGUGGAUAAUGCUCUGCUCUUUAACGUCGUAUUGUUUAUGUUCAAACUAAAGUAGCAAUUUUUAUUUUACACAUUCAAAAACAUGACCACAAUUACUUACACUGUCAAGUGAAAGGAGGAAAAGGACAAAUCACAAAGGAAAUAAAUUAUCACAGAAAUGUGAACAUUCUGGAUGUGGAGCCAUGGAAAUGGCUGUUAUCUAUUGUAAUGAAAAUGUGCAUUGAAAAGCCCUUCUCUUUCAAGUUAUUUUUGUGCUUGUGUUCGUUUGCACAGUGCUCACCUUCACGUCUUGACACCUUCAGAAGGAAUUCAGAAAGUCAUAGAUUCAUUUACAUGAAAUAGUUUUUUAUUAUGAAAUAUUUUAAGAAUAAAUUAAAUAAGUGAAAAGAUCCAGUUGCUAAAAUGAAAAUGUAAUAUCAUGUUUUCAGCUUUUUUCUACAAUGGGUUUGACAGAACAAUGUGAUGUCAUCACCUUCGUAUGUAAAGUUUGGUUCUGGAAUAUGUACAUUUUGUUUAAGCAUAUGCGUUAAAGGGUUUACGUAUUAGAUGCUAUCAGUUUGUUGAUAUUGCACAUUUCAGUGUCUAGAAACAUACAAAACAUGUGGGAACACCAUACAUAAAAAUACCUACAAAUAUGCAAAUAAUAUCUCCAAAUACAGAGAUAUAUGGCUAUCUGCUGUAUAUUUGAAGUUACAUAUAGCAGAAGACUAGACUGAAUGUUUCAUUAUUACAAUCCUACUUAAAUAUUAUUUAGUGAUUUUAUAUUUAGCUGAUAAAGGAGGGAAAAAAUGCCCAGUAAAAAGUAACACAUGAUUGACAAGUGCAUUUGUUUUACAGCAUUAACAAAAUGUAAACAAAAAAAAUAAAAAUAAAAAGUACCACUGUUUUGCCAUGUGUUUUGGACCAUGCUAACCAUGGAAGACUAUAGAAGUGUCACUUAGAAAAAUAAAAAGGAGGAAUCUAUUAAUAUGGAAUAAAAAUAAUACUACUACUAAUCAUUAGCCUUUACCUUAUUAACUAAAUCAAAUUUACAAAAUAAAACCCCAAUUCUGAAAAAGUUGGGAAAGUAUGGAAAAUGCUAAUAAAAAACCAAAAGGAGUGAUUUGUAAAUUCUAUUUACCCUGUGCUAUAUUGAAAGCAGCACAACAACAUGUUAUUUGAUGUGUUACGUUGUGAAUUUAAUUGUUUUCUGAAAAUACACUAAUUUCAAAUCAGAUGAAUGCAACACAUUCCAAAAAAGUUGAUGAGUUGCAGUCCGACGAGUUUAAAUAACAAGGUGAUUUGAAACAGGUGAUGUUAAAUAGUUGAGGCAAUUGUGUUUUAGUAUACAUAAUAAGGAGCCUGCAAAAACAGCCUAGUCCUUCAAGAGCAAGGAUGGGUUAAGGCUUGUCAAUUUGCCAACAGAUGUGUCAGCAAAUAAUUCUACACUUUGAGAACUGGAUUCCCAAAGGCAAAUUGGAAGGAUUUGGGGCAUUUCACCCUCUACAGUUCAAAAUAAAGUUAAAUGAUUCAAGGAAUCCAGUCAAAUUUCAGUGCAUAAAGGGCAAGGCCAAAAACCACUUCUGAAUGUCUCCGAUCCCUCAGACGUCACUGUCUUAAAAAACAUAAUUUGUCUGUAAAGGAUCUCAUGGCUUGAGCUUGGGAAUACUUCGGUAAACCAUUCUCAGUCAACACCAUGCGCCGCUGCAUCUGCAGAUGCAAGCUGAGCCUAUGCAAAGCAGAAGCCAUACAUCAACACUAUCCAGAAGCACAGCUGACUUCUCUGGUCUCUGUAUCAUCUUUGAUGGAAAGUAGAAUACUGGAAUCGUGUUCUUUGGUCUGAUGAGUCCACAUUUCAAAUAGUUUAUUGAAACAACAGCUGUUGUGUUUUCCGGGACAAGAAGAAAAGGACCAUCCAAGCUGUUUUCAGCGUCAGGUCCAAAAGCCAGUGUCUGUCAUGGUAUGGGGGAGUAUCAGUGUCCAUGGCAUGGGUCACUUACAAAGCUGUGAGCAAAAAUAAAGAUAUGUACAAAGUUUGAAGCAAUGUAUGCAGCCAUCCAAAUGUCAUAUUUUCCAAGGACAUCCCAAAAUUUUCCAGCAGGACAACACCUAACCACACACUGCCCGAUUAACAAGUGCAUGGCUGAGAGUGUGGGUGCUAGAUUGGCCUGCCUGCAGUCCUGACCAUUCUCCAAUUGUGAAUGUGUAGUGCACUGUGAGAUAAGGCAACAAAGGUCUCAUACAACUGUGCAGCCGAAGACCUGCAUAAUGGAUGAAUGGGGGAAAAUUCCAUUUGCUAAACUUGUGUCUUCAGUGCCCAAAUGCUUAUUAAGUGUUAUUAGAAGGAAUGGUGAUGUUCCACAGUGGUAAACACUCAACUAUCCCAACUUUUUUGGAGCCUGGUUUAAUAAUCUGAUAUGAAAUUGGUGUGUGUGUGUGUGUGUGUGUGUGUGUGUGUGUGUGUGUAUAUAUAUAUAUAUAAUGUGUAGUUAUAGUGCUUUUAAUAAUCAGAGGGUGAACAGAAGAACAGAAUUUACCAAUCACGCCUUUAUUUUUUUAUUUCUUUAUAGAAGCAUUUUCAUAUUGUUCCAACUAGUUGUACAUCCAUUUUGUUUUUUGUUUUUUACAGUUUAGCAACAUUUUCAAACCUUAAUGAAACACACUCACACACACACACACACACACACACACACACACACACACACUUUUAAAUGUCUAUGUAUUUGUCCAUUUAAAAAGUUUAUUUAUUUGCACAUUCAUGUUUGAUUGAAUAAAUUGAUAAUUGAUUUGUUCACUUUAUUUUUAAGUGGCACUCCUAGUUUUCAAUUGGUAGCAUCAUGGUAUUAUUGAGUACCAUGGUCAUCUGAAACCAUCACUGUACCAAGGUACCACCAAAGCACUAUUUUCUAAGGGAGACCUAAGAUAAAAGGACCUGCUAUUUUAUUCAUAAACACGCAUUCACAG